GUGCUUUUCUCUCAUCUACCAAUCACCAUUGUUUCAUAUAACUACUGGACAGUGCUCUGAAUUCUCAACAUUCAAGAAGAUUGAUAUCUCCAAGGUGUGAGACUACUUGGAAGUUACAAGAAACACCCGAAGUCGAGACAGCUUCUAUUUCAUUCAAGCCAUGGAACAAGAUGCACCUGCCACUGGCCCAUCAGCUAACCGGGGCUUCAGUAUUGCCGACUACGCCGUCUUCGCUGCAAUGUUGACACUUUCAAUGGGUAUCGGCUUGUCCCAGAUGUUAAAAAAGAGCAAACGAAGCCAAGCCAACGUGGAUGACUUCUUUACCGGGGGUCGUAACAUGCCAGCGGUGCCCGUGGGGUUGUCUCUGUGUGCCAGCUUCAUGUCUGCAGUACAAGUUCUGGGUGUGCCGGCGGAAGCCUCACUUUAUGGUUAUAAAUUCCUCUACAUGUGUCUGGGUCAGUCUCUCAACUCGUGCUUGACGGCGUACUUCUUCCUGCCUGUGUUUUACAGACUAGGCAUCACUAGCACCAACCAGUACCUGAAGAUGAGAUUUGGGAGAGGAAUGCAGCUACUGGGCAGCCUUCAGUUCAUAGUGGCAACACUCUUGUAUACAGGGAUAGUAAUCUAUGCCCCUGCCUUGAUACUUAACCAAGCUACAGGGCUUAAUAUGUGGGUCUCACUCUUUUCCACUGGCCUCAUCUGUACCUUCUAUACUACACUGGGAGGCAUGAAGGCGGUCAUAUGGACUGAUGUGUUCCAGAUCUUUGUCAUGCUGUCUGGCUUCAUGGCCAUCUUCAUCCAAGGAACUAUUCUUGUUGGCGGGCCUGCGCGGGUUCUGGAGAUUGUCAACAAUGGAUCCCGCUUAAACUUUGAUGAUUUUGAUGUGGACCCCAGGAAGAGGUAUACCUUCUGGAGCUUCUCAGUGGGUGGUACUCUGCUCUGGUUGUCCAUGUAUGGGGUGAACCAGGCCCAGGUCCAGCGCUACAUCUCCUGCAAAACAGAAAGACAGGCCCAGUGGGCCUUAUUUGUUAAUCAGGUGGGGCUUUGUCUCAUCGUGGGAAGUGCAGCUACCUGCGGCAUCGUCAUGUAUGCGCUGUAUGUAAACUGCGAUCCUUUAAAAUCCGGGAAGAUUUCAGCCCCCGACCAGUAUAUGCCCUACAUGGUCCUGGAUAUUUUUCAAAACUACCCAGGUUUCCCAGGUCUUUUUCUCGCAUGUGCAUACAGCGGGACUUUGAGUACUGCCUCCACUAGCAUCAACGCUAUGGCGGCGGUUACCAUGGAGGAUCUGCUGAAGAAACGUCUGGUCAAGCUCUCCCAGAAGAAGCUCAUACUGAUCUCCAAAGGCUUGUCGUUCCUGUAUGGAGCGGGGUGCAUCACUGUGGCUGCCCUUGCCUCGCUGCUGGACUGGGGAGUUCUUCAGGGCUCCUUCACUGUGAUGGGGUUAGUCAGUGGUCCACUCCUGGGUGCUUUCAUUCUGGGGAUGUUUGUACCAGCAACCAACAGGCCGGGGGUGUUUUCUGGAGUGUUUGUAGGAUUCUGCCUCUCUCUAUGGCUGGCCAUAGGCUCCACCAUCUACCCUCCCAGUCCAGUCUCUAUGGGGCAGUUGCCCACCAGUAUAGAGUACUGUUUACCCAGCAACAACACACUGUUACAAACACUGAACGCGACCUUGGACAUGGGGACCUCUUUCUCCAAGCCUAUUCUCCCUGUUCGAAUUGGGGGCAUACAGGACUUUUAUUCCAUGUCUUAUCUUUACUUUGGUGCUGUGGGUACCAGUUCCACAGUGCUGGUUGGGAUCCUGAUAAGCUAUAUCACAGGAGCAACAAAGAGAAACACAAUUGGUCCAGGGUUACUGUGGUGGGACCUUCAUAAAAAGACUAUGGACAACCGUUCUCAUUACACAGCGGAGCUAGGGACAAAUCAUUCACAGACCGUGGCACUGACCAGAUUCCACAAAAGGGACGAACACUCGAGGAAUCACCCCCACUCUAUACUCCCCGGAAAAUCAUAGCACUCUGUGAGGGAUCGUUUUUUAACUUGAUUUAUGAAUGAAAUGUCGAGGGAGAUUCUUGUGCUUUUCUUUUGUUGUCCUCACCUGAACAUGGGAAAGGGCCAGUAGAGUAGUUCACCUCCCGAGUCCUGGAUCGUUCAAAAUCGCUCAUUUGUAAAGGAAUUCUUUGUUGAAUCGUCACGCUCCUUGCUGCACACCUGUGACUCUCAACUGGGAAGAUGAUACUCAUUUAACCAGUGAACUACUGGACCAAGUUUGGUAUAUGUAAUUUCUCUGCCAAACUAAGGUUUCAGUUUAUAAACAGGUUUACUUAAGCAGAACUGCAUUGGGAUAUAAAUCUAACAUUGAAUAUGAAUGUUUUAUUUUGCAGUGGAGACUAUUUGUUCAGCUAGAUAGAAAUGUUUUGUUUUUUACUCUGUAAAUAAAAGUACUGCUCAGAUUCCUGCACAUUCCAUAGUGAACAUCGGAUAAUAUGUAACCCCAUUAAUAAAGAAUGUAUAAAAACACGAUUGUUGUCAUGAGAUUCAUGCACUUUGCAGUUUCAUUAGACAUGCUUUAUGUACGCUGACCUAACUCUAUGACGCUGACUCAGACCAACAAUAACACCUGCUCUGGUAUGAAUAGACAUUUUAUUCUCAUGCAAUGAGAAUGACCGAAUUAUGGAAGGUAACAAUUGGAGACAAUAUGCAUGCUCGCUUGGUCAUAUCCAUUUUAUUCAAAUGGCUUAUGUUUUUAUUGUUCGACAUCACCAAAUGUUGUGUUGCCACAGUGCAUUACUCCCAUGAAUGAUGAAAACGUGCGCGAAUAGGCCUUAACUCAAUACAGAAGUUUUUUUCGAUGUCAACAUAUGAUGUCUCAACAUAGUCCUGCAAUUUCAAACCAUGUCCCCGUCGGCCUGAGCGAGAUGCACUUCCCUAUAUCAUUUUCAGGGCUUUCUCAAUGUCAUUCUUGUCAACAGCAUUCUGUCUUGACUUGAGCCACUCUGGGCUUGUUGCUUGUUUAAGCAAUGAGGAAGCGAUCGGCUUUUGUUGAGGGGCUACUGCCAUCACCAUUCAUCCACGGCCCUGUUGGAAUCCUCGUCUGCGACCGCGCAGUCCAGGCGUUGAAUUCCAGGAAGAGAUAGGUCUCU